AAUUAUUCACUAAAUGUCCCUCCAAACUAAGUAUCUUAGAUUUGCCUCUGUCCGACCAUUUGAUCCCAAUAAAAAUUCAGAAAUUACAAUUUCAUCCUACUAAAUAUAUUUGUAUUUUUUUUCCGAAUCCUCACUAGGGGAACCUCUAAGAGGUCCCUGAAACAAAAAACAGAUCUAGUUCAUACCCUUUCUAUUUACAAAAUAAAUUCACAACAACCUAAACAAAAUAAAAAUUAAUGUCAGCCGUCCUUGUUUGGUAGCACAUAUAGCAAAUAAAGCUUUGUCCUCACUUCCAUGAUGAUUCUACAGUCUUUGGAAACCGCAAAUCAAAUCAAACAAAAUUUCCUUAAACUCUACUUUAACAACCCCUUCAUAUAACAUCAACCUGCAGAAUAUUUUUAAUGAAUCUUUACUUGUUAAACAAAAAAUAACCCAGAAAACAAAACCAACAAAAUAAAAUGAGUGAUCCAUCACACUAUCAUAUAGAACCUCCAUCACUAGGCGAGCAACAGCCCGCUCACUACAAUCUGAGCAUGUUAUACUGCGGAUUCUUCGUCGUCGUGACUGCAGGACUUAUCUUAGCUAUCUAUCAUUGUUUAGCACUUAACUGGUGCACUGACAACCCGUCCUCUUCUUGGUCAAGAAACAGGGAAGUUGUCGGAACUGCUCGGAAGCAGUUCAAUGGUCGGAAAAUUGUGGAGUUGGAUUCAACUCUAUAUAAGUACAAAAGUAGUCAAUCAGAAGAAGGUGACAGUAGUUGUUAUGAAGAGUGUGUAGUGUGUUUGUCAGUGUUUGAAGAAGGGGAAGAUGUUAGGGAGUUGGUUAGAUGUAAGCACUCUUUUCAUGCUCCUUGUAUUGAUAUGUGGCUAUAUUCGCAUUUUGAUUGUCCGCUUUGUCGAGCACCGGUGGGUGAUUGUGGUGGUCGAAACAUCGGUGUUGCUCGGUCUGAGAAUUCAGGUGCAGGUUUAUCAGAUUCAGGUUUACUUCCUGUAUAAUUAUAGAUGUCUUGGUUUCUUCUUUUAUGUGCUUAAGUUUAGUUUUGAUUUUAUUCUAGAUAUCUAAUUAUCUCUUGGUGUUGUCUUAGUUUUUAUAAAGAAUGUUCAAAGUAGACAAGUAGUGUUGUCAUUAAGCCAUAUACUUCAAUUAUACAAACUCGGAAAAUUAUGGAUGAAUUUGAAGUCCUUCUA